GUUCUUGAGAUGUCUGACACUUGUCUUAGAAUAAAGUUGGUAUAGCUUAUCAAAGUUGAACAUGUUGAUGUUGAACAACAAAAGUAGAUGUCCUGGUCUCCCGUUUCAUCUGCUUUCUUGGAGUUGUGUAAAUGUUUUGUCGGACUGGUUCUUUCUGUUUGAUUGUAUUAUGGAUAUAUCACUUAUAUUCAGCGGCAAAUUUUGAUCCGUUUACAGAACUCUUUUGAAUUUUUGUAUAUCAAGACAGAAGAUCAUGCUUGCAAAGUGCUCUGAAGAGGUGAGGAUGAAAGCUGAAACGCUCCAUCUAAAGAGAAUGAAGAAAUGGUACGGUGGUACUCUUGUUGCAUCUUUGUUUAUGUUGCUGGUCCUGAGAUAUGUUGUCAUGAAAAAUCCUGUUGAAGAAAGCUAUUUGAUGAAUCCCUUCUCCUCCAACGCAACCAAUCCACUUGAAUGGGUGCAUAUCACAGGUUCACCUACAGUUCAAUAUCCAGUUAAUGCUUCUCAAGUGAUUUCUGUUGAUGCCAUAGCUUUCAGUCUCUUUGCUCAAAGGAACCUUUCCGAGGGAGAGCAACAACCUUUGUUUACCUGGAAUUUGUUGAAGAACUUAAUUAACCAUUCUCACGCUUUGCCAAAUGGAGUAGAAGCUAUCAAGGAAGCUGGAAGUGCAUGGAAUAGCCUGAUGGCUUUGGUUCAAGAGAAAAAACUUGGUUAUGCGAAUGAUAAUUCAUCUAAAAAAGCAAAAGAGAAGCAGUGCCCUCAUUUUCUUAAUAAAAUGAAUGCUACAGAACCUGACAAGAGUGAUUAUAAGUUGCGAAUUCCUUGUGGCCUCACUCAAGGUUCUUCCAUUACGAUCAUUGGCAUUCCAAAUGGUCUUCUUGGCGAUUUUCGCAUUGACUUAACAGGGGAAGCACUUCCAGGGGAGCCUGAUCCACCAAUAAUUUUGCAUUACAAUGUUAGGCUCCAUGGGGAUAAGAUGACAGAGGACCCUGUAAUUGUCCAUAACACCUGGACUAUAGCUCAUGAUUGGGGUGAAGAGGAUCGCUGUCCACCCUCAACUCCUGACAAGAAUAGAAAAGUGGAUGAGUUGGACCAGUGCAUUAAGCUGGUCAGUAAAAAUGAUAACCGGACAGUUAGCCCGCAUUCCCAUGGUUCAAGGAAGUCUUCAGUGGGGCUGCAAAGGGUUAAGUAUUUUCCUUUUAAGCACGGUUCAUUCUUCGUUGCUACUCUUAGAGUAGGAUUAGAGGGAAUACAGAUGACAGUUGAUGGAAAGCACAUAACAUCCUUUGCUAAUCGUGAAACGUUGGAGCCAUGGCUGGUUAGUGAGGUUAGAAUUUCUGGAGACUUGAAACUAAUUUCUGUCUUGGCUAGUGGUUUACCCACUUCAGAGGAUUCCGACCUUACAGUUAAUCUAGAGGCACUAAAAGCAAUUCCUCUCUCUCAUCAAAAGCCAGGGAAUCUCUUUAUCGGUGUUUUCCCUACUGCUAAUAACUUUAAACGAAGAAUGGCACUGAGAAGAACAUGGAUGCAGUAUCCUGAAGUUCGGUCAGGGACAGUUGCAGUGAGAUUUCUUGUUGGAAUGCUUCAACAAAUCUUUGAUGAAGUUGAGGAGUCCACUUUAACCUAGGCUUUGUGUCAGUUGACAGAACCAAGUUCAUGUUUUGAUGACCCAUGUUUUUGAUGUUGUUGUGUAAGAGAGACAUGAAGGCACAACAAAGCUUAAACUCAUAUAUUAUGUUUAGCUGUACUUCUCUUUAUAAUUUAGGAAACAUUGAUAGGGUUGUAUUGGAGAGGGAAUAUAUGCCAUCAGC